AAUGUUAUCUUUAAUUCCCUCUGCAAGCCUAAAAAGUAGGUAUACUGCGAUCCCCUUCUGAAAAAUGAGGAAAGGGAGAUCCAGGUGGUGAAAUGCCUGGCUCAGGUUUCCCACUAAUUGGCAGGGUCAGGAUUUAGCAGCUUCAAAGAACGGGCCUUCUCCACUACUCCAGGGAGUCUCCAAGACACUAAAGGGGAUUAGACCUGUUUCCCACAGGUUUAGGAAGAAUUUGGAUUCCAAAAACAGCUGGAUUUUUAAAAUCAUAAAAACACCUGCUGUAUUAUCACCUACAACGUGUCUCUGUAUAGGCUUAAAAAGGCUCGGCAGCUUUAUGGGUUAUAUAUGGUUUUUUACCCACCUUAUCCUGUUUAAUCUUAACUGCCCCAUGAGCAGGUUAUAUCAUCUUCCCAAUUUCACAGGUAAAACUAAGGAUCAAUAGACCAACUCUCCAUAGCUUGUAGGAAGUGGCAGAGAUGAGAAUGCAAACUCAGGCCUGAUUUGCAAGUGUUUCCCUCUGCCUCUUGCCUGUAAAAAGUAGUUUGUAAGAAACACACUUUAUUCAGUAACACAAACGAAAAGAAAAAGGUUUUCUGUUGCCAAGAUUCACAAGAAAGGAGCUGAGUUAGUGGUCACUCUCUGCCCAACACCCUAAUUUCACAAGUGAAGUUCCAACAAAGUAGGCCUCUUGGAAGAAAUGUAGACGUCGCUGUCCUUUAACGAGGAAAAUUGCGGUUCUCCGGACUUCACGUCUACGCAUCGCUUCACACCAACGCUGCGCAGCACCACAGGGCAGAAAUGGGUGCUUGUGGUAUUCCAGCACAUAGGACCUCCUCCCCAGGACGCAGUAACCCGCACUGCUCAUAUAUUUGCAUUUCUGUGGCUCUCCUGUCAGCCUGAGUCUGCACUAUGUGGUAAGCGCUUGACAUUCGCCGUCUCAUUUCCCCAACUCCACUCGCAGUUCCCCUUUCCGUGCAGGCUAAGGACAGAUUCAGGUUACCGGAGAGAAAGAACAUUUCAAUGAAUUUGUCAGUCGCCUUUAUCGCUAUCAAAGCCAAUCGUGACAAGCUUGUCUUUUAAUGCGGCAACCAGUACUCGCGCAUAAGCCUCAUAGAUUUAGAGAGGCCAUUUCAGAAACACGACCGAAACUUAGGUAAGUCAGCUUUGCCCAAGAUCACGCCACUCGCAAAACAGCUGAGGUUCGAACCGCACUGGGGAAGGCUCGGAAGACCCCAAUCUCCUAUCUCAAAUUCCCACUGCCGAAGCCCCACGGUUCUCUGCCUAUGCGAACCGUGCAAAUACAGCGGUGGUCGCGCCACAGGCCGCGCUAGCCGCCAGCCCAGGCCCAUCUAGCCACCGCCUCCAGGAGAGUGGCGUGUCGCGAGUCUCGGGUCCCAAGUGCCGUCCGCUCUGCCCUGCAGCGCGCGUGGGAACGCGGCGGCGGGGGCCUCGGGGCUGCCCACGGCGACCGCCUGCGCGGACGGGAGCGGGCUUCCGCUGUCCCCACCGUGGCCUCGUUCUCGCCGCCAUCGCCUCCCCACCGCCCGGCGCGCGCAGGGGCUGGCGUCCGGGGAGCGCGCGGCGAUGCUUCUUUUUCGCCCGGCACCGCUGCAGCCACCUCACAUCCGGGCGCACGGCGGGGAAGGCGGUGCCGGGGCCCGGGUGCAGAGCAUUGUAGACCAAGGAGCCAUGGAUAGGAGAAGUGUGGGUGAAACAGAAAAUGGAGAUGCUUUCCUUGACCUGAAGAAGCCGCCUGCCUCCAAAUGCCCUCAUCGCUAUACAAAAGAAGAACUCUUGGAUAUAAAAGAACUUCCCCAUUCCAAACAGAGGCCUUCGUGCCUUUCUGAAAAAUAUGACAGUGAUGGUGUCUGGGACCCUGAGAAGUGGCAUGCCUCUCUCUACCCAGCUUCAGGGCGGAGCUCACCAGUGGAAAGUCUGAAGAAAGAGUUGGAUACAGACCGGCCUUCCCUGGUGCGCAGGAUAGUAGAUCCAAGAGAGCGUGUGAAAGAAGAUGACUUAGAUGUUGUUCUCAGCCCUCAGAGACGGAGCUUUGGCGGGGGCUGCCAUGUGACAGCUGCUGUUAGCUCCCGGCGCUCAGGAAGUCCAUUAGAGAAAGAUAGUGAUGGGCUUCGUCUGCUUGGUGGACGUAGGAUUGGCAGUGGGAGGAUAAUCUCUGCCCGGACCUUUGAGAAGGAUCACCGUCUUAGCGAUAAGGACCUGCGGGACUUGAGAGACAGAGACCGAGAGAGGGACUUCAAGGACAAGCGUUUCAGGAGAGAGUUUGGAGAUAGUAAGCGUGUCUUUGGUGAGCGCAGAAGAAAUGAUUCUUAUACAGAAGAAGAACCAGAGUGGUUCUCUGCUGGACCCACAAGUCAGUCUGAAACCAUCGAACUGACUGGCUUUGAUGAUAAGAUACUAGAAGAAGAUCACAAAGGGAGAAAAAGAACAAGGCGACGGACAGCCUCUGUGAAGGAAGGUAUAGUAGAGUGCAAUGGAGGAGUGGCGGAAGAGGAUGAAGUGGAGGUCAUCCUUGCACAGGAGCCUGCGGCUGAUCAGGAAGUGCCAAGGGAUGCCGUCUUGCCUGAGCAGUCCCCAGGAGACUUUGACUUUAAUGAGUUCUUUAACCUUGAUAAGGUGCCAUGCUUGGCUUCGAUGAUAGAAGAUGUUUUGGGAGAAGGGUCAGUCUCUGCCAGUCGGUUCAGUAGGUGGUUCUCUAACCCAAGCAGAUCAGGAAGCCGAUCCAGCAGUCUUGGGUCAACACCACAUGAAGAGCUAGAGAGACUUGCAGGUCUGGAGCAAGCCAUCCUCUCUCCUGGACAGAACUCGGGGAAUUACUUUGCUCCUAUACCAUUGGAAGACCAUACUGAAAAUAAAGUGGAUAUUUUAGAAAUGCUACAGAAAGCCAAAGUGGAUUUGAAACCUCUUCUUUCCAGCCUUUCUGCAAAUAAAGAAAAACUUAAAGAAAGCUCACAUUCAGGGGUUGUGCUUUCAGUGGAGGAGGUAGAAGCAGGUCUGAAGGGCUUGAAGGUUGACCAGCAAGUGAAGAAUUCAACUCCCUUCAUGGCAGAACACCUAGAAGAGACCUUGAGUGCUGUAACCAACAAUCGACAACUCAAGAAAGACGGAGACAUGACUGCGUUCAACAAGCUAGUGAGCACAAUGAAGGCAAGUGGAACUUUGCCUUCUCAGCCCAAAGUCAGCCGAAACCUUGAAAGCCAUUUGAUGUCCCCUGCUGAGAUUCCAGGCCAGCCUGUCCCUAAGAACAUCCUGCAGGAACUUUUGGGUCAACCAAUUCAGAGACCUGCUUCUUCCAAUCUUCUGAGUGGCCUUAUGGGGAGCUUGGAGCCUACAACAUCUUUACUGGGCCAAAGAGCACCCUCUCCUCCCUUGUCACAGGUGUUUCAAACUCGAGCAGCCUCAGCUGACUACCUUCGCCCAAGAAUACCAUCACCAAUUGGUUUCACACCAGGACCACAGCAGCUACUCGGAGAUCCAUUCCAAGGCAUGCGCAAACCCAUGAGCCCCAUCACGGCCCAGCAGAUGAGCCAGCUGGAGUUGCAACAGGCAGCUUUAGAAGGGCUGGCCUUGCCACAUGACCUUGCUGUACAGGCAGCAAACUUCUACCAGCCUGGUUUUGGCAAACCACAGGUGGACAGAACCAGAGAUGGAUUCAGAAACAGGCAACAGCGAGUGACCAAGUCACCAGCACCAGUGCAUCGAGGGAAUUCCUCUUCCCCUGCCCCUGCUGCCUCCAUCACAAGCAUGCUUUCUCCUUCCUUUACCCCUACCUCAGUGAUUCGUAAGAUGUAUGAGAGCAAAGAGAAAAGCAAGGAGGAGCCAGCAUCUGGAAAAGCAGCUCUUGGUGACAGUAAAGAGGAUACUCAGAAGGCCAGUGAAGAAAACCUCCUGUCAUCCAGCUCUGUACCCAGUGCCGAUCGAGACUCUUCUCCCACUACAAAUCCAAAACUGUCAGCAUUACAGAGGUCUUCGUGUUCCACCCCACUGUCCCAGACCAACCGUUACACCAAAGAACAAGAUUAUCGACCUAAAGCAACUGGGAGAAAAACACCCACCUUAGCAUCCCCAGUUCCUACAACACCUUUUCUCCGCCCUGUCCACCAAGUUCCCCUUGUCUCCCAUGUCCCUAUGGUUAGGCCUGCUCACCAGCUUCACCCAGGGUUGGUACAGAGGAUGCUGGCCCAGGGAGUACAUCCACAGCAUCUUCCAAGUUUGCUCCAAACUGGUGUGCUUCCUCCUGGGAUGGACUUGACUCAUUUACAGGGAAUAUCUGGCCCCAUCCUGGGUCAGCCCUUUUACCCUUUACCUGCUGCUAGUCACCCUCUCUUAAACCCUCGUCCUGGAACACCUCUGCAUCUGGCAAUGGUGCAACAGCAGCUACAGCGCUCAGUUCUGCAUCCUCCAGGCUCUGGUUCCCAGGCGGCAGCUGUCAGCGUUCAAACCCCUCAGAACGUGCCCAGCCGGUCGGGCCUGCCCCACAUGCACUCCCAGCUGGAGCAUCGCCCCAGCCAGAGGAGCAGCUCCCCUGUGGGCCUUGCCAAAUGGUUUGGCUCAGAUGUGCUACAGCAACCCCUGCCCUCCAUGCCCGCCAAAGUUAUCAGUGUAGAUGAAUUGGAAUACCGACAGUGAUCAGGGCAGGCAGACUCAACUAAGCCCAGACCUGUGGUGGCACCCUGGGCAGGACCCUGCUUCCUCAUCUCGGGUUGGUUUAUGGGAUUUUACUUUGGAGCACUCUGUGUGAAGCUAUUUGGUGGAACCCAUGCAUCUGGUGUGGUCCGCAUUAUGAUGGAAGGAUCUUAACCAGUUGAGUGGAGUGUACCUUGUCUGAAUACAGGAUGCACAACAUUGUCAAUCCUGGAAAUGGUCUUUCUUUUUUGUAAGAUAUGUGAAUGAAGUGUUGGUGUCCUCACCAAGAGGUGGCACCUAAGGGUUCUGAGGAAAUAAAUGUAUAGACCCUUAUGUACAGACCUGUGUAUAAACAACUUUUGUAUAUACAUAUAGGAUAGCUUUUUUGAACUUAUACAGCUGUACAUAAAAGUAGCUGAUAUUAGUUAGGCCUGUGUCAACAGUUUGGAUUUUUUUCACUUGUACAUUUGGGAUUUUCUUUUGGUUGAUUAAAAUUGCAUAUGCUAAGUGUGUGAAUGAAGUAA